AUGCACUCCGAUGACUACGAGAAUGCAGCACAUCUGAGAUUUUUCAGCCCAGGAACUGCCAUGAGAGCUCAUCCAAUGGGUUCAUACCCGUUCAAACGCCCACCGUAUGUGCCAUCAAUGUCAAAUUUCCAUACCGAUAUCAUGGCAUACGAGAAAUGCUGCAAAUGGGCUGGUGCUUGUGAAUUCUAUUUUUGGCGACGACAAACCAGCGGAUGCCAAGAGUACAUUCCGCCGGUAGCAGGCAUUGCUUAUGGUGAUCCGCAUUUCGUCACCUACGAUGGAACUCGCUACACAUUCCAAGGAAAGGGUUACUAUAUCCUGACAAUGAGCAAAGAUCCACGACACGAUUUUCACGUACAGAUUCGCAUGGAACAACCACCUAAAACGGACUGGAAUCAAGAAGUUCAUGCUUCUGUGAUCACUGGAGUCGCAGCUCGUGAGAACCAAUCGGAUAUUGUCCAGGUGUUCGCUAGAAAGGAGUUUCGCAGAUGGCGUUAUCGAAUGGAUAUCGUGGUCAAUGGACAUUAUCGAUUUUUCGACACUCCUGAAUUGAAAUUGCAAAGGUUCAGAGGUGUCACAAUUCGAUCACCGGAGCGAAACCACAAUCAAUCGGAGAUUCAUGUGAUGUUCGAUUCUGGCGCUGGUAUCCGAGUAGCCGAGGCUCAUGGUGUACUGUCCGUGAUGACACUUCUACCACCGGAUUUCAAUGAGACUUAUGCGAAUUAUCGCGGUGCCACCUAUCCAGAUGCGGACGAUGGUGGAUGGUUCGGUCAGACAUCGUCAGCGCAAGAAGAGUUCAUUAGAACGAUCUCCUUAUCCCAGCCAUCUACGUUGCAAUAUGUAGCAGGUGGUCAGCGUUUCGUCACGGUAGGACUUCUUGGCACGUUCAAUGGAAAUCACUUGGAUGAUUUGAUGGCUCCAGACGGUCACAUCACAAUCGUAAGCCAUCCACCAACGGAACAGGACAAUAUGAAUGCUUACAAAUUUGGAUCAAGAUGUGAGUUUCCAUGA